AUGACGGAGAGGGGAUCUUCCACCGAAAGCUUAGAUGGCAAUUGCCAAGAUAAAACCAAGAAUAUCUCAUCUGCAGAUAUUUGCAUGGAAGAACCAGAAUUACGUAAAUCAACUUAUGAGAAAGUUGACGAAAUCAUCAAGAAACUAGGGUUCCAUGAAGGGAAGAAAUCCUACGCCGACAUGGUAACAGUAAGGUUCGGAAACGAGGAAGAUUACACGAGAGUGCCUACAGAAGGUCCGUGGACAAUCUUUGGAAUCUACCUAACGAUUCAACCAUGGAGUAGAUCCUUUACCACCACCGAAAAACAUCCAUCGCAUGUGGUUGUUUGGUUUAGAUUACCAGGACUUCCCUAUAGAUAUUAUACGAAAACUCUAUUCAAGAUCGCGGCACUGAUCGGAAAAGUAGUGAAAAUAGACUACAAUACGAGUAAAGGGGAGAGGGGGCGAUUUGUUCGUCUGGCCAUCGUGAUAGACCUCAAUAAACCAUUAUUGCCCUGCAUUGGAAUCGACGGCUUUAUUCAAAACACUGAGUAUGAGGGACUUCAACAAAUUUGCUUUCAAUGUGGAGUUUACGGUCAUAGCAAGGAAAACUGCCGAAUAACCCGGGAGAAUGAAGAUUCAACAAGACAGGAAGGAAUUCCCAGAACGAAUCAACCAACUGAUAACAGAAUGGUAAAGGAUAAACAAGAUACAUUCGGACCUUGGAUGGUACUGAAACCCAGAAGGAGACGUCCUAGGAAGGAGGACAAACCGAAUAAAAAAAAGAACGAUGAGACAAAAACAAACUCAGGCUCAAGAUUUCGUCUCUUACAACAAGAGGAAUUUGCAGCUACAACGAUAGAAGAGGUACAAGUUCCUAUCAAAGACCAAAUCACAUCAGCAAAAGUCAACAAAGUGACCAGACAACAAGAAGGAACUUCACGAGAUACUUUCAGGAUAAAAUCAAAAAAUGACAAGAAGCAAUGGAAAGCCAAACCUAUCACUACAUGA